AUGGAGAGAACAAUCGCGGAUAACAUCGAAAAAUCAGUCUUCACCACCUCGAAGCCCGACUCGCUCACUCAUCCAUGCGUCGUGGCAUUCAACAAAACUCAAGCGGCAUCGUUCCGCCAUGGAUCAAACUCGCAAUUCAAGCUGGAUGAGAUAGGGAUCUUAUACAAUCUGCGUGAUCCGGCGAUCCAAUUCGAGGUUUUUCUUUUCCAAUUAUGAAACAUAUAAAGCUGCUUUCCAGGCUCGAGUAAUGGCCUUUUCCGAUCUCUACGAUGUAAUGAUUUUCGAAUUACUUUCGGGAGAGUUCCCGAAUUCUCCGCGAGCUUCGGAGCCGAUGUUCAGCGGCCAGGCAUACACGCAACUCAGCAUCAGUCCUGAUCGCCAGCCCUGUUGGAAAAGCGGUAUAACAUCCCAGAGGCAAGGUAUGUCUAACUUCUUGACUUUACAGAUAUCAAUCGUUUUUUUAGGUCUCUUCUCCAUCGGAACUGCACACAGGAAACUGGGUGAUAGCGGCUCCGGAAUAUUUUCUGUUGAUGGCUACUUCCUCGGAAUCGCAAUUGGGAAGAAUAAUCCCUGUUCUAACGACCUUCAAAAUAUGCCUGUGGGAGAAAUUGCUGACCAUCACCCCGACUCAAGAAUGAUUUGUUCCCAGGUCAUCCUUUUCUUCUCUGGGUUCAUUAGUCCAGCCAACGAUGUAAGUAAAUUUAUUUAAAGAAUUGGUUCAAUUGUUAUGUUUCAGUACGUGCCGACAUAA